GACAGAAGAGAGGACAGAAGAGAGAGGACAGAAGAGAGACAGAUCAGUCAUGUCAGGUGUGCUUGGCAGGAUGUACAGCUUCAUGGGCGGUGGGUUGUUCUGCGCUGGAGUCGGGAACAUACUCCUUAUUAUCUCCACAGCAACCGAUUACUGGAUGCAGUAUCGUCAAUCUAACAACUACAUGCAUCAGGGCCUGUGGCGCUACUGUAUGCCAGGGAAAUGCAUGACACAUACAGAUAGCAUUGCGUACUGGGAUGCCACCCGUGCCUUCAUGAUCCUCUCCCUGCUGGCCUGCUUCAUUGGCAUCGUGAUCGGCGUCAUGGCCUUCAUACGCUCCUCCUCCUUCAGUGGGUUUGACAAGACGUUUGCUGCCGGCAUCCUCUUCUUCAUCUCCUGUUUCUUUGUACUGCUGGCGAUGGCUGUGUACACUGGGGUGACGGUGAACUACUACGGGAAACGAUAUGGGAACUGGCGCUUCUCCUGGUCCUACAUCAUGGGUUGGGUGGCCGUGGUCCUCACUUUCUUCUCAGGUAUCUUCUACAUGUGUGCCUACAGGAUGCAUGAAUGCCCGAGAAACUCCAACUCCCGCUGAUUUGACACAACAAAAAACACAGCUGACACCGGGGUUUACACACCAACAGUAGCUACGUCAUUUCUUGUUUACCUGACCUCUAUUGAAUAAGCAAUAAAAAGGCUAAAUCCAA